GAGUGGCUCGGAGACAGCGCGCCUCACAGGGAGUCGGCGCCUAAGCGACGCGGGAAGGCGCCACCGCCGCCGCCGCUGGCCAAGGUGCUGGAGACGACAGGACGGUCGACCGCUUCGCCAGCUCAGGCACCCGUUGCAGCUGCCGCGGCUUCGCUCCCAGCCCGGUCCUCAUGGAAGAGAUGGAAGAAGAGUUAAAAUGCCCUGUGUGCGGCUCCUUCUAUCGGGAGCCCAUCAUCCUGCCCUGCUCUCACAAUUUAUGUCAAGCGUGCGCCCGCAACAUCCUGGUACAGACCCCGGAGUCUGAAUCCCCCCAGAGCCGUCGGGCCUCGGGCUCCGGGGUCUCCGACUAUGACUAUCUGGACCUGGACAAGAUGAGCCUGUACAGCGAAGCGGACAGCGGCUAUGGUUCCUACGGGGGUUUCGCCAGUGCCCCCACUACCCCGUGCCAGAAGUCCCCCAAUGGCGUCCGCGUGUUCCCCCCCGCUAUGCCGCCACCGGCCACCCACCUGUCACCGGCCUUGGCCCCGGUGCCCCGCAACUCCUGUAUCACCUGCCCCCAGUGCCACCGCAGCCUCAUACUGGAUGACCGGGGGCUCCGCGGCUUCCCCAAGAACCGCGUCCUGGAAGGGGUAAUUGACCGCUACCAGCAGAGCAAAGCCGCAGCCCUCAAGUGCCAGCUCUGCGAGAAGGCGCCUAAGGAGGCCACCGUCAUGUGCGAACAGUGCGAUGUCUUCUACUGCGAUCCGUGCCGCCUGCGCUGCCACCCGCCCCGAGGGCCCCUAGCCAAGCACCGCCUGGUACCCCCGGCCCAGGGCCGCGUGAGCCGGCGACUGAGCCCGCGCAAGGUCUCCACCUGCACAGACCACGAGCUGGAGAACCACAGCAUGUAUUGCGUGCAGUGCAAGAUGCCUGUGUGCUACCAGUGCUUGGAGGAGGGCAAACACUCCAGCCAUGAAGUCAAAGCUCUGGGGGCCAUGUGGAAACUGCACAAGAGCCAGCUCUCCCAGGCGCUGAACGGACUAUCAGACAGGGCCAAAGAAGCCAAGGAGUUUCUGGUGCAGCUCCGCAACAUGGUCCAGCAGAUCCAGGAGAACAGCGUGGAGUUUGAGGCUUGCCUGGUAGCCCAAUGUGAUGCCCUCAUCGAUGCCCUCAACAGAAGGAAAGCCCAGCUGCUUGCACGUGUCAACAAGGAGCAUGAACACAAGCUGAAGGUGGUUCGAGAUCAGAUCUCUCACUGCACAGUGAAAUUGCGCCAGACCACAGGUCUCAUGGAGUACUGCCUGGAGGUCAUUAAGGAAAAUGAUCCUAGUGGCUUUUUGCAGAUUUCUGACGCCCUCAUAAGGAGAGUGCACCUGACUGAGGACCAGUGGGGGAAAGGCACGCUCACUCCCAGGAUGACCACGGACUUCGACCUGAGUCUGGACAACAGCCCUCUACUGCAAUCCAUUCACCAGCUCGACUUCGUGCAGAUGAAAGCUUCCUCUCCAGUCCCAGCAACCCCCAUCCUGCAGCUGGAGGAGUGCUGUACUCACAACAACAGCGCCACGCUGUCCUGGAAACAGCCACCCCUGUCCACGGUGCCUGCCGAAGGCUACAUUCUGGAGCUGGAUGACGGCAAUGGUGGUCAGUUCCGGGAAGUGUAUGUUGGAAAGGAGACGAUGUGCACCGUGGACGGUCUUCACUUCAACAGCACAUACAACGCUCGCAUCAAGGCCUUCAACAAAACAGGAGUGAGCCAGUACAGCAAGACCCUGGUCCUCCAAACGUCUGAGGCAAUUACAGCACAUGAAAUUAAACCUAUGAAAGACACAGAUUCAGAAGAACAGACACUCCCUUUUCCAGUGCCUUCGGAAAGAUUGCCGCUCCGUAGAAUGAGUCCUUUCUCCUCCACCCUUAAUCUACAACCCAGCUUUCCCGGGAGAUCCUACUUUGAUUUACGAUCCUCACCCCACCAGCUGAGCUUGCAUUCUUCUUUGCAGUCUCUCAAUGCACCGGGAUGCAGCUUUGAGCCGCAGUCUGCACCUUACUCUCAGUUAGUUGACAUUAAAAAGCUGUUGGCAGUGGCCUGGUUUGCUUUCGACCCCGGUUCGGCACACGCUGACAUCAUCUUCUCCAACGACAACCUGACUGUGACCUGCAGCAGCUACGAUGACCGGGUGGUGCUGGGGAAGACCGGCUUCUCCAAGGGCGUCCACUACUGGGAGCUAACCGUGGAUCGCUACGAAAACCACCCUGACCCUGCCUUCGGCGUGGCUCGCAUCGACGUGAUGAAGGAUGUGAUGUUAGGGAAGGACGACAAAGCUUGGGCAAUGUAUGUGGACAAUAACCGGAGCUGGUUCAUGCACAACAACUCGCACACCAACAGAACCGAGGGAGGGAUCACCAAGGGGGCCACAAUCGGGGUCCUCCUCGACUUGAACAGGAAAACCUUGACCUUUUUUAUCAACGACGAACAGCAGGGUCCCAUAGCCUUCGAGAACGUGGAAGGCCUGUUCUUCCCGGCGGUGAGCCUGAACAGGAAUGUGCAGGUCACGCUUCACACCGGGCUCCCGGUCCCUGACUUCUACUCCAGCAGAGCAUCAAUAGCCUAAGGAUGGGCUGUGGAGGCGCCAGCUGCCCGUCCUUACCUCCGUCCUUACCUCCGCCUGAGAGAGCGAGAGCAGGAGCUCAGCCAGCAUGUGGUGGGAUGCCAGAGAGCUGGAAGCAGAGGGGGAGGAGGAGAGAAAAGCUGGUCCCCACGUGCUCACACCCCACAGCGCUGCUUCGCCCCUUCCUUUCCAGCCUCUCUCCUGUUCUGAUGCCUGCGUUCACUUCUGCGUCCAGUCCAGCAACUCUAACCAACAAAGGACCUAGACCGCCCACCCUGUCACUUAGUUUCCACUUCCAGAUUUUGCUUUUAUUUUACAUAAGUUUUUUUAUGUAGGUGAGUUAUAUUUUGUUUCUUUUCUGAUCAUGUUAUUAGUGACUUACUGAACUGUUACUGCCAAGAGAAUCUUCUCCUGAUAACCUUUUUCUUAAGCUUUCUGACAAAGAGGUCGUAGAGAGAGGUGGGGAAGAAGUAGUUGAAUUCAGAGCUUGCAGUUUACCUCCUAGAAGGUUCUUGCCGUUACCUCUCGUGCAGUGUUAGCCCUGCAUAGCUAAUCUUUGUGAGGUGGGCAGAGUGAAUGCAGCAUCGAGAAGUUUUACUAUCCAUUGAUGCACAAAAAUAAUAGCCAAAUGGCUACACAAAGGUUCACCACAGGCAGGAUCAUUAGGAGAGCUGGGUCACUGAAUCAAACUAGAAAGUCUCUAGACAGAGGCAGACCAGGGGGUUUAUGAUUUGGUUCAUUCAUUUAACACAAGUUUUUAACUGAGAACCUACUAUGGACCAGGCACUGUUCUAGCCACUGGAGACACAGUGGUGAACAAACAGGUGUGCUUACCGCCCUUCUGGAGCUUACGUUCUCAAAGGAGAGCAAACCAAAAAUAAGACAAUUACAAAUUAUUAUAAGUACUACGAAGUAGAUAAACAAGGGGCAAAGAGGCUCAUUGGCAAGAUCUCUCAGUUCCCCAAGAAUGAUGCUAAAAAUCUACCAACUCUGGCCAUGGCACCAGAAACAUACCAACUCAAUGCCUUUUCAGCUAUGCUAUUUUAAUUAUGGUACCUGCUGCCAUUCAUCACAGAGCCCUCCUUUGGCAGAAAUGAUGUCAGCAUUCUUAUUUGUUAAUGCUGCAAUGACACUAAGCCUUAAAUAUGAAUGUGGAAAAAAAAAAAAAUAGUGACCAGAGAGAGAACUCAUUUUCAGUAAUGGGGGAUCUUAAUUUGCAGUCCACGGCAUCCCCAUUCUCAGGAUAAACUCACUUGUCUCCAUGUAUAUCUGUGCCUGUUACAAAUGACAAAUCCAUCCACUCUGCUGCCAUUCACAACCUAACUUUCUGGAGUAGUUCAAAUAAUGUUUGGAAGAAAAUGAAAUUGUAUGUCAUUGCUGUGACUGAUAGCAGAACGAUAAUUCUUAUUACUUCUCUAUAGAGAUAGACUUACACAGUUACCCUUCAGAUUCUCUAGUUUGACAUGAAGUUUUAGAAAAUGUAGAACAUGGAAAAAAAGGUUCUGAUUCGUUGUCUAAAUACUUGCCAGUGAGCCAAGAAAUUCCGCAUGAAAAAACAAGAGUAACAGAUAAAAGAGAAGUGGUAGGAUGGGAAAGCUAACUAACUAAAGUUUUGGCAAAAAGUAAUAUAUGUAAAUAGCUAAUUAUUUCCUUUUGUGCUUUAUUCAGCUCAUCUCUAUCGGUUACAGUGUUUUUCUAGUUACGUGUACCUAAUUUAUUGAAUGGGUGCUAUCCUGUUUAUGUCCAUCUUGGUUUCUUGGCUACAGAAAAACUGUUGCAGGGCAACACUAGUUUGAUAUUUGAUUUGCUCUCCAAUGAGACUCGAUGGCUGGGCCGCUGUAGACUCAGAGUUACUCUUGUUCUUUAUUAAAUUCAUCCUGCUAAGUAGAUUUCUAGUGACUUGUAACACAUAGUUUACACAGAAUUGCCAUUGUAGAUGCAUACAGCUACUGUACUAGAAAAAUGGAUAUUUCUGGUGUGCCAAUAAAAGAUUUUUAUGGGAGAAUCGCAUAUGUCUCUUUAAAAUUUCUUAGUUUUUGCCUAUUUGAGAUGACGAUUCAUCUUUGUCAGCGCAAUAUGUCUUCAGCCAAGUGUGACUGGAAAGUCCCCCAGAGUUCUUGAAAGUACUUGGUCCUCACCUGAUUUCCUUGGGAGCACCGACACCAUCCCCUGGUGGUACCUACCUCCUGAAUCUUAACUUAGUGAGAAACAUCUAUAGUUUAGAUGCUGUUUGGGUCUCCUUCCAAAUCUUAGGAACUUACUUUCACAAACCUGCUCCUGAAAAAGGCCAUGAACUUGUACUACAAAGUGUAGUGUUACUGCCUUUUUCAAAUCUGGUUCCUUCAGCCUUUCUUUGAAUGGCUGAACAAUGUAAUUGUUUUUAAAUAAUCGCAAUGGGGACGCCUGGGUGGCUCAGCC